CGGCUUCACCGGCGCCCUCAAGCAGCUGGACGCGGAGAUCAAGGCGGAUCGGGAGAAGGGCUUCCGGGUGGAUAAAAUAGUGGAUCAAUUGCAGCAGUUUGUUCAGAAUUAUGAUCUCACUGCCCUUUGGGAUUACUGGAACUAUCUUGACCGGCGCCUUUUUAGUCGCUUGGAGGAUAUGUACCGGCCUACAGUGAACAAGUUGAAAACCAGUUUAUUCCGCUACUAUCUUGUCUACACUGUUCAGACAAACCGGAAUGACAAGACACAGGAGUUCUUUGUCAAGCUGGCUGCAGAACUCCAGAACCAGGCUGAAUGGAAAGACUGGUUUGUUCUGCCCUUCCUACAAGCCCCGGAUUCAAAUCCCACCUUUGCCACGUAUUUCUCGCGACAGUGGGCGGACACAUUUAUUGUGUCUUUGCACAACUUUCUUAGCGUCUUGUUUCAAUGUGUGCCUGUGCCAGUGAUCUUGAACUUUGAUGCUGAAUGUCAAAGGAUUGCUCUCAUCCAGGAAGAAAAUGAAAUUUUACGUCAAAAGCUCUUUGCCUUGCAGGCAGAAUCCUACCGAAUGAAGAAAGAGCAGCAGCAGGAGACAGAGGAGUCAACUGCCCACCACAAACUGCCUGCUUACGUGGCCAGCAUGGACCGUCUGGGGGACUCAGAGCUUGAUAUGACAUGCAGCCAGAAGAACAUUGCACACUCUCUUCAGUCCCGAGGAGGCUUCUUAUCUUCCCUGCUCUCUCAGGGGAAGAAGGGACCUUCCAAACCAGCCCAGACAACUGGAGCCUCCCCAAUGCAGACUGGCAACAUACUGUUAGGGAAGAAAGAGACAUCAAACCACCAGAGCACCAAGGGAAAGGAGGGGGCAACCAGCUGCAAAGAAGGCAAGAGUAACUUUGGGUUGACAGCCAGUGAAGCUAAUUCUCUGCAGCAGCGUCAGAGGCGUCUGCAGGAUCAUGGGAAGGAAAGAAAGGAGCUUUUAUCCAAAGGAUCUUCCCAGGGGCAGAGCAUGGAAAGGAAGUUGGAGACUAAUGCUACCGAGGCAGAGCCCUCCCCAGAGCCACAUGUUGAGCAAGUGGAAACUGUCACCAAAGUUUCUACAUCAAGCACAGAGGGUGGAGGCAUCCGGCAGGAGCAGCCGUUCAUUGUCUUGAGCCAGGAUGAGUACGGAGAGCACCAUUCAUCCAUCAUGUACUGCAGGGUUGAUUGCUCUGGGCGAAGGGUAGCUAGUUUGGACAUGGAUGGGGUCAUCAAGGUGUGGUCUUUUAAUCCUAUAAUGCAGACCAAAGCUUCAUCCAUUUCCAAAUCUCAACUGCUUUCUCUGGAAUGGGCAACCAAACGAGACAGGCUGCUAUUGCUGGGCAGUGGGGUUGGGACAGUUCGUCUCUAUGACACUGAAGCCAAGAAGAAUCUUUGCGAAAUCACCAUUGAUGAAGAGAUGCGCAGGAUUCUCUCGCUUGCGUGCAGCCCAAGUGGUGCGUCUUUUGUCUGCUCUGCUGCAGCUCCGAGCCUCAUCCCACAGCUGGACUUUGCAGGCCCUGCUGUUGGAGGGAAGGGCGUGAACCAAGUCCCAGGGAAGCUGCUUCUAUGGGACACCAAGACAAUGAAGCAGCAGCUCCAGUUUUCCCUUGAUCCAGAGCCCAUUGCCAUAAACUGCACAGCCUUUAACCACAAUGGCAACCUGCUGGUCACUGGGGCAGCAGAUGGAAUAAUUCGUCUCUUUGAUAUGCAGCAGCAUGAGUGUGCUAUGAGCUGGAAGGCACAUGAUGGAGAGGUUCACUCUGUUGAGUUCAGCUAUGAUGAAAACACAGUUUACAGCAUAGGAGAAGAUGGAAAGUUUAUUCAGUGGAAUAUUCACAAAAGUGGCUCCAAAGUGUCUGAAUAUGCUCUUCCCAGUGAUGCUGCGGGCCCUUUUGUGCUGUCAGGGUACAGCGGAUACAAACAAGUCCAAGUCCCACGUGGGAGACUUUUUGCCUUUGACUCUGAGGGAAACUACAUGUUGACCUGUUCUUCCACUGGGGGUGUCAUCUACAAGUUGAACAGCGAUGAGAAGAUCCUGGAGAGCUGCCUCUCCCUGGGAGGUCACAGAGCCCCAGUGGUCACCGUGGACUGGAGCACAGCCAUGGAUUGUGGGACUUGCCUCACAGCCUCAAUGGAUGGAAAGAUCAAAUUAACAACUUUACUCGCUCAGAAAUCAUGACCUGGAUGCCAGUGGUUGGGAAGAGAGAUAUGCAUUGCAAAAUCAGUGUUAACUACGAAGGAACAAACUACAUAGAGGGGAAAGCAAACUACAAUCUCUCUUCUCAUUUUGACUUCACCUCAGACAAACUUUUCUUUAUAAGCAUCAAGCCACUGCUCAAUAAGAUGCUCUUUGGUUACUGGAACAGCAGCAGUACUAUGGUCAUUUUAGGAUGUAUGUUCUUUUCUGGCAACUGAGCUCCCUUGAUUUUGGAGGCUCAAGUAGUACGUGGCUCUAAUUCCUCGGGAGAGGGCAGAUGGAGAUCAGAUGCAAAUGGAGAAGAAAGUUGAAGAGCAUUUGACACAAAUGACUCUUGAUGAAAAUGUCUGUGUGAAACUAGCAGUGUUGUAUGUAAUUUUUUUCUUAAAAGAAAAUGUUUUCUUGCA